ACUGUGUGCAAGUGUGGUGCCCCCACAGGGAAAGUCUCGCGAAUACCUACGCUCGCCGUUUCCUAGUCUUUGUCUUUUAAAUGCCCCGUUUGACCGAAUGAGACAAUAAGCGAUUAGUGAGUUAGCAUCGAAGGACGACCGGUUUUAUUGUUGCAUCUCGGCGAUUGUUAAUAAUCAGUCGUAUUGCGCGUCGUACUGUAGGUUAUCGCGGGUUAUGUUGCGUUUUUCGUGUCGUUUGCACAUUUUUCCGUGUCGUGACCUCAGCGAAGAUUCUGCGUUUGUCUCGGAAUUAGUUUGAGUCGGAUCCCGACAUGGAAUUCCAGAGGCAUUCCUAUGCGAGCCUCUACAUGGGCGGGCAAACGCCUUGGAAGUACAACCAAUUUGGUAAUCCUGACAGUGGGUACGGCUCCGACGAGUUCACCCAUGACUCCCCGAGGUACACUUCACCCGGGACGGGGACGGGGUACUAUCUGGGAGCAGACGGCACCCCCAAUUCGGUGGGCAGCGAAUGGCCCUCGUCGUACACCACCUCCUAUCAAACCUACGAAGCGUACGGUCUCAUUCCAGAAACGGAGCCCAGCCAGGGCCUGCCCCCCAUGUCUUCGUUAAGACCAAACGGGACGCCGACAGCGACAACCAUGGCGGGCUCGAACAACGGCACCCCCUUCGGACCAGCCAACCACACAGACGGAGUUGUAAAUAAAGCUUUAGGAGCAAUAUAUCCUACCGCCGAACAGGCUAGUGCAAGCAGUUAUAGUUCAGCGCCAUCGACUCCCGUCAGUUCGCCACCUCCCAUAACGCCUGCGGGAUGGCUGACGAACCACACGACGCCUCAUUCACCUCACUACACACAAGCCGUAACUGUAAAUAACACCGUUGCUCCUCAGGGAUUACAUAUGCCUCCUGCCCCUGAAGCGCAACGUUUAGAUGACGCAAUUGGUUUCUUAAGGGACCAUGCCGAGGCCACGUUGUGUUUCCCAUUGCAGGGUACUCGAAUGGAAGAAAGACUGGACGAUGCGAUAAAUGUGUUAAGGAACCACGCGGAAUCACAACUAGGUUUAGUAGGGCAGCUUCCAAAUAAUUUAGCGGCGCAUCAAAUGCCACAGCUCGGCUACUCGGCACCUCCACCCCCCGAUCCACACUUACCCGAUCCCGUCAAAGUCGAACGACCCACGUAUAACACAAAAAAACGUAAAGAGCCCCCAGACAGCGACACAAAACCAUCCAGUUCAGUAGAAAGCAUAGUACAACCAAAUUCAACGAGCGGACCUCCAACCAAAACCAGCAAGCGAUCAAGGAGAUAUUGUUCCAGCGCGGACGAGACGGAGGAGGGGGAGUUAGAUCCAGAUAUCAAAGCGCAAAGGGAAAAAGAAAGGAGGCAGGCUAAUAACGCGAGGGAAAGGAUACGUAUUCGUGAUAUAAAUGAAGCUCUCAAAGAACUAGGAAGAAUGUGUAUGGCACAUUUAAAAACGGACAAACCGCAAACUAAACUCGGUAUUCUAAAUAUGGCUGUCGAGGUUAUCAUGACGCUGGAACAGCAAGUUAGAGAACGAAAUUUAAAUCCAAAAGCAGCCUGUCUGAAGCGACGGGAGGAAGAAAAAGCCGAGGACGGACCUAAAUUAGGCCCAGGACCACACCAUAUGCUCUCUGCCCCUCAUUAUCCCACAUUACCUGGCGCACCCACCAAUUUGCCUCACAAUCCAGGUCAGCCGCAAUAGCAUUGAUAGUAUUUUUUUUUUGCUACCUGUACAUACACUCUCGUACAAAACGGCAUCAUCAUGUUCAUCAUACAUCAUGCAUAAACGAUUAUAUAUUUUUUUAAGAAUAUUAUGUAGUGAUAUAAUAAUUAUUAUAUUCUUAUUUUUUAUUACUUAUUUCUCUCCACUUAAUUUUGUAAAUGGAAAAUUCUAGAUGAGACAGCUUUAGUUUCUAAUGUUAAGGGGGACACUUGUCGGAGACACAAUUAAAAAAAAAAUGAAAAUACGGAACAACAGCAGUUUGCGUGCGACAAAUCACAAACGUUGAAUACUCAAUAAUUUUUGAACCGACAAAAAUUCGUUCAUGUUGUGUCUUCGCUCGGCCGGGUGUUUUUCAAUUUUUUUUAUAUGUGGCUCGAGACGGAUAAUCGUUUAAUUCAUUGUGCCAAAUUUCUUUGAAUACUCUCUAAUAAUAAUUAAAAAACGGUUUAUUUAACCUGAAUGAUACGUAUUAUGUUCUGAUCUCCUUUUUUGCCAUUUUUUUUUUAGUUUUUAAACGACAAUCUAGAUUAAUCGGUAAAUAAAACUAGAUAAUUAGAAGUGAUACCGAUAUUACCGACUUGGUUACAGACCUGUGCAGAAGAGUCGGUAAUGCAGAUUGUACACUUAACGAUCUCAACAUUUCUGACAGCGGAUGAAGAAACGAGAAAUUAUAUGUUUCUUCCCCAAAAACUGUUGUCCCGAUAACUAAUACAUCAAUCUCGAUGGAUUGACAAUUUUGAUUAAAAAAAUAAUUGCUAUUUGUUCUAAUCCUAUACUUUCUUUAAAUAUGUUUUUUUUUGCUCUCACAGGACUACAGUACAAAGUAAGAAUAGUUUUCACGAAACUAUGCCCUUGUACUUAAUUUGUCUUGACAUUUUGAAUGAAAUGGAGAUGCUGUCAAAAAACUGCUAUUAAUGGAACCGAUAUUACCGACUUCGCUUUAUUAGUUACAGACCUGCGUGCAAGGGUCGGUAAUGCAGAUUACGUAUUGAACGACCUCAAUAUUUCUGACAGAUGAACAAACAAAAAUUGUCGUUCCGAUAAUUAAUAUUUCUCGGUGGAUUUUCAACGUUGAGCACAAUUAGUUCCGAUGUUGUUAACAUUAAAAAAAUCGCGAAGUCGGUAAUAUCGGUACCAUUAAUAGAGGUUUUUUGACAGCAUCUUCAUUUCGUUCAAAAUGUCAAGACAAAUUAAGUACAAGGGCAUAGUUUCGUGAAGAACAAUUCUUAAUUUGUACUGUGAUCCUUUAGAAGAGCAAAAAAAUGUAAUUGAAGAAAGUAUAGGAUUAGAACAAAUAGCAAUUAUUUUUUUAAUGUACCUAAAUAUCAGAACUAAUUGUGCUCAAAGUUGUCAAUCCAUUGAGAUUGAGGUAUUAGUUAUCGGGACAGCAGUUUUUGGGGAAGAAACAUAUAAUUCCUCGUUUCUUCAUCCUUUGUCAGAAAUGUUGAGAUCGCUAAGUGCGUAAUCUGCAUUACCGACUUCCACACAGGUCUGUAACCAAGUCAGUAAUAUCGGCACCACUACUAGACUUUUUUUGAAAGCAUCAUUAUUUCUUCUAGAAUAUCGGGCAAUUUAAACACAAGAGUGUAGAUUAAUUGAUAACAAAUUGCUAUUUCAUUUAGAAAUGACUUUUUAAAUGUAGGUAAUGACUAAUUUGCUCAAAUUUGUUUCUUAGUUUAGAAACUUCCGAAAAAAACAUUUUUUAUUUGCUAUUCGCGGUUAUAAUUUUAUAUUUUUGUUUGCAUUCGUGCUUGAUUGUAAUUUUAAUGACGAACAUCAAAUGUGCCAUUAACGUUAGACGGAAGCUGUGUUCCAGGCCAAUACACAGUGUUGGCUUACAAACUGUUUCAGCGACGCUAGUUGAGGGCGUCUCGAGCCACGUAUAAUGCUGAAUGAGUUUUGUGUGCCAGUAUUUACGAUCGGAACAAAAAGUUACUUACGUUUUUGUACAUAUUUUGACAUGAUUUUCUCGUCUACGCAAUAUACUUAUUUAAAAGCCAUGGGUCUUUCCUAAAGUAAUGCCAAAUGAAAGUAAAACUUUUCUGCAUGAUGAAUUUUUUAAGUUAUUUAUAACCGAGCCUAAAGGUUUUUAAAUUAUUCGUUCGUCUCGAGGCGGAAACCUUUCCGUCGGGACGUUCCGCUGCGUUCAGCGCGACUUUAAUGGUUUAGCGCGUCAUUCUAAUUUUACUGGUAAAAGUUUGUUCAGUUUUUUAUAUUAAUUUUAAGUUUAUAUAUUUUUUAAGUGUAACUUUUGCCUAAGUAGAAUUUUUAAAGUAAACAUGUAAUAUUUUCAGCUGUUUAUUAUUUUAGCGCCUAGUGAAUUUAUAUUUAUAUAUUAUUUGUUUUGAUUGUUAAGAUCCCUUAAUUACUUCAACUAAAAAUGUGUACAAAGUAAGGCGCGUCGUUCGGCUCGAUCGCGAAUCUUCAAGUAUCCCCGCCUCUGUUACCCGUUUGCGGGUCACAGAAACAAAUUAAUUUCCAGUUUGGAAACGAAUCGGCGAAGCUUUUCCGCUGAUUCUUCCCCGGACUGAUUAUUUCUUUCAAAUGCGACCCGCAAAUGCUGAUCUUAAAGUACAUUGAAAUUCGAGAUUUCUCUUUAAAAAUAUCAGAAAAUUGAUAUUUUACAAAUAUUUUGCGUUUUGUUAUAGUUUAUACAGGGUGGUGUAUUUAUGGCGCAAACUACGGUAUCUCAGUUAUUAUUUGAGAUGCAAUGUUAGAGGGGGCAAAAAUACUAUAUUUUAAGAUUACUUCAAAAUGUACAGGGCGAUUUAUGAAAAUGUGGCAGUCAAUAAUUUAAGAGCCUACUUAUAUUUUAUGUACAGGAUAUCCCAAAAAGAUCUGAACUUCCCGAUAUCUUUUCCGGAUUGGGUGUUAUCAAAAAAAAUUACCAAUACCUACUUUUUAUGCCAGUAAUAAAUAAAGUACCAAAUUUUAUGUCCGAAUAUGGGGUCAGAAAACUUUUCUGAUUAUGUCCUUGUCGGUCAUUUGAAGGUCAAACGGAUUUUUCUCCAAAUAACUCGACAAGAUCGAAUGUUUCAAGCAGAAUUUAUAAGAUUUUGACAAAUUAAAUGAUGACCUUGGAACGACUUUCACCACCUGUUACAAGGUCAGACUUAUUAAAUUGAAUACACUACUUUUAUAGUAGCAAUUUUUUCAGGAUGUUCUUGCGUGUCAUUUUAUGCCAGACUCGCUUUUCAUGUAAAAAAUGGAUAAGAAAAGUAAUAGAACUUGAUAUAUACAUUUGACCGAAACUAUUAGUAUGAUCUUGGCAAUUUCGGAAUUUAACAAAUUUGGUUAAUAAUUAAAAUUUGAUGAAAUAUAAUCCUAAUCUAAAUUUAAUUUUUUUUUAAACGUUUUUGUCGAGUUAUUCAAAGAAAAUAAGUUUGACCUCCAUAUGACCAGCCAGGACAUACUGGAAAAAUGUUGUAACCUCGUAUUCAAACAUAAAAUCAGGUGCUCUAUCAAUUACUGACAAAAACAGGGGUUGCGUUUAAAAUUUUCAAGUCGACCUUGGUCUGAUCCUGAAACUUCAAGUCGAGGUCAAAUCCAAGGUCACCAUCUCUUUUGUCAUUCAAAAUACUACAAACCUUGCUUAAAUCGUUUUUAUCGAGUUAUUCGGAGAAAAUGAGUUUGACCUCCAAAUAAGUUGCAAGGACAUACCGGAGAAAUAUUCUAAUCCCGUCUUCAGAUUAAAAAAUUUGGUAGUCUAUUAAGUGUUGAUACAAAAAAUAGGGCAUUUCCUUGAAUAUUUUCAAGUUGACCUUGAAAGUUACGGUCAAGGUCAAAUCUAAGAAUACCAAAUUUUUUAUAGGACCCAAUCCUGGAUAUUUAUCGAGGGGGUUCGGAUCUUUGUGGUAGAGACUUAUAUAUAUUACUUAUAAUAUUUGAAUUUGUCACAAAAUUUGACAUAAAUGUUUUAUGUUCUGUUGCAACAUUGUCAAAUUUUGAAAAUUCUUUAAAAAUUGUAAAUAAUUUUAAAUGGUAAUAGUGACCAAAAUAUUCGACAGUGUGACGGACAAAAGUUGAGAUAUUGACGUUUAUUAUAUUAUAUAAGGUGUUUUCUGCAGACCUGCCAAUUUCGCGUAUUUCAAACGACAUUUCCUCUAAUUUUUCAAACCGAAUCCUACAUUUAAGUGUCCUGUUUUGUGUCAAAUAAGGGGAAUAAAAUCCUUAAGUUUUGUGAAGGUAUUUCUAUUUAUAUCUGCUAAUUUAUUUGUAAUAAAAUGAAUAAAUAUCUUCAAAAUUAGCAAAAACGUUAUAGAAAUAAUUGAAUACAUGUUAAAAAGGAUAAAAAGUAUACAAAAUGAGACACUAAAGUACAGGGUGUAGCACUUAAAAUUGAAGAAAAUGUGGAGUUUAGAAUUCGUGCAGUUGCAUGUCUGUAGAAAACGUCCCGUAUAAAAAACUGAAUAUAUCACAAUUCUGGAAUAAUUGGUUAACUAUAAUAUUAACAUAUAGUUUUUUUUUAAUUCCCUCCGAUCUUUAUUCAAACAUUUUUUUGUGUCUCGAAUAAUAACAGAGCUGUCGUGCAUGCUUUUCCGCCUACUAAGCCACGCAUAUUUUGAAUCUAUGAAUGCUCAAGAGUGUGUAAAUAAUAAAAUGUAGAAACGUAAAUUAGUAAUCGCCGCAGAAGUAAUUUCAAUGUAUUUUAAUUAAAAUGACAAUAACUGCCUAGAUAUUAUUUUUGUUUGGAUUGUGCCGCGAUGGAAGGAUCGAGUCGAACGACACGCCCAGUUGUUGUAAUUAAAAUAGGUAUUAUUUUGUUGUAUGAUGAAAAUUUAUCGAUUUGUAAGUUUUUUUUACACGCAAUAAUGUUCAGCAUAGUAUAUUUUCUCGUAAUCCAUCGGUACCCAGUGUUUAUUUCAUUCCAUGAGCCGGCCGCUAUUCUGAAAUAUUGGCAGCGAGAAAAAGCACUGAAAGUUUUCGGCACAAAAUUCUACGUUUUUUUUUUCCUUCAUUCUCAAGUUUCGUUUGUCCGAGUUGGCAGCCGUGUAUUUCCUUGGGAGUUUUACCAGUGUUGGUGCAGAUAUAUUUAUAUUUUCCUUGCGACUUCUCUUAAAAGUUACAGCGAUUGUUGCCCUACGAAUUCUGUAAAAGUGUUGCGAACAUUUUAUAUUAUAUAUUUUUGUAGUUAUUGGACAAUUUGUAACUUUUAAGACCGAGUAUGUGGUUACUAAGUGAUUAGGACAAAUUUGUAAAGCUUACCUUAAGCCUGUAUAAACGUUUAAAGCGGAUGUGUUUUUAAGUAUAUAAAAAGGUAUAUAUGAAAAAAUAAAUAUCGAGUGAUGAGGAAAGAUUAAGUUAGGUUUAAACAGCUAGACUAUGACAUAAGAAUGAUUAUCAACUAUAUGUAAUAUACAAUACGUACAUAAUAUACUAUGUGCCAUUUUUCAUAA